CAGGAUUGCCUUGGGAACCAAAAGCAAUUGCAUGUCCCAGGUUGUGCACAAGGCCGUUUGCUCACACCUGUGUCAAACACUCUCAAUUACAGUAGCAUGCUCAGUUCGUCACAGGGACAGCUGUCCAAUGUGGUGGUACACCAUUAUGGCUCCGGCUUUGUAAUGAAAGAGAGUACAGCACAUACUGGAAGACAAGACCUCCUGGUCUCUAAUCCAGUCACUCUCCAGCCGUCCUGGACCUAACCACCCCCCAAAACCAAGCU